AUGGCCUCGGAAGCCAUUCGUCCCAGAGGCAGGCCCGCCCACACGCCCGGGACUACUGUCUUAACGUAUACUCCGAACGGCCGCCACGUUGUCACCGGUGGAUCAAACUCUGCGAUUCGAAUCUACACUGUCGGACAAGAUGGAGAGCCCAAGACGGUGGACGAAGGGGUGGACGGUCAUCUCGGAAUUGGCGCCACAAAUGACUCCUUUAUCAUGGGCGCGGAAGACGGCACGGUCUGGCAAUACGAGGUCGGAUCCGGCAGAAUGGACAAGCUACUUGUUCGUUGCGCGCUCCCGGUCAGAGAUAUAGCGGUUUCUAAGGACGGGGAAUGGGUGGCUGUGGCCAGCGAUGAGCUUACGGUGAAAAUCGUCAACCUUGACGAUAUGACGAAAGUGAAAUAUCUUCGCGAGCAAGCCAAGGGAACGAAACACGUUACCUUUGAUCCUAGCGGGCGCUACGUUUCGGUUUCUUGCACGGACGGCAUCGUUUACAUCUACUCCCUCCUCUCUGAGGAGCCAGAGCUUGUCCGAAAACUUGACGGGGUAAUCCAGCGACUUGAGGCGGAGGACGAAACAACAUCGCGAGUGGUUUGGCAUCCGGACGGAACCGCGUUCGCAACUGCGGAGGCUACGCGGGAUAUUUCGAUCUUCUCGACAGGCGAGUGGAAGAAAGAGAAGGUCUUCUCGGGCGGCCACAACGGAACCGUUACCGCGAUCAGUUGGUCCCCCAAUGGAGCACUUCUCGCAACCGCUGGUGCCGACGGGCAGGUGCUGCUCUGGGAGACGAAGACCCAGAAAGUCGUGAAGAGCUAUGAUUUUUCGAACGUGAUCAAUCUAGCCUGGCAUCCUACGAGUAACUCCCUCUCCUUUACAACCUCGGACGGAGAACUUUUCAUAUACGACGGGAUCGUACCGCGGGAAUACCAGCCGCUCCUCCAGAAGCCGCUCCAGGCUGCCCCGAUCUUCCCUGGUCCGCUAGCCGACAUCUCCGAUAAUGUAAGGCGGCCGAUGGUGAGCAGGCCUAAGGAGGCCGAUCGAAAAGAUCGCGCAGGGUCGCCGGACUCCCUUGAUGAUAUCCUUGGUUCCGACCAGGGCAUGGAAGACUUCGUCGACGAUGACGACGGGGCUGGAUAUGCAGAGGGCAUGAAUGGGCUCGGGAAACGAUCAAAUGGACAUCUGGACGAUAUCGAGGGACACGCUGACAAGCGGCUAUUGACCUCGUUCUCCAAGCCCAAAAUCCAUCAACCUCUUCAACCUGGCAGCACUCCUUGGCGCGGGAACCGACGGUAUCUCUGUCUGAACCUGACCGGCGCUGUGUGGACUGUUGACCAGGAGACACACAAUACCGUGACUGUGGAAUUCUACGACCGGGAGAUGCACCGUGAUUUCCAUUUCACCGAUCCGUAUCUUUAUGACCGCGCGUGUCUAAACGAGCACGGUACACUCUUCUCCAACAAUCCAACGGAUGGCAGCCCGGCCUCGAUAUUCUACCGACCACAUGAGACGUGGACGACGAGAGCCGACUGGCGAACCCAGCUGCCCCAGGGGGAGCUUAUUCGAGCGCUGGCGCUGAGUGAUUCAUACGUUGUCGCCGUGACGACGAAAGAUUACGUCCGUGUAUACACGCUAUUUGGCACACCAUUCAAGGUCUAUCGGCAGAAGAGCCCGGCCGUGACCUGUGCGGCUUGGCGAGACUACAUCAUGACCAUUGGAAACGGGCCAUUGGGAAGCGAUGGUCGCACUGCCAGCCUGCGGUACACGGUCGAAAAUGUCAAACGGGAUGAGGUUUGUCAGAAUGAAGACGUGGUCGCCAUUCCGGAGGGAUCGGACCUACAGAGCGUUUUCUUCUCCGAUUCAGGUGACCCUUGCAUCUACGAUUCGGAGGGUGUACUUCUCGUUUUACAGCACUGGCGCAGCCCAGGGCAAGCACGAUGGGUGCCCCUCCUUGACACCAAACAGCUCGAGCGUCUGGCGACGGGACGCAAGGAGGAGACGUACUGGCCCGUUGCUGUUGCACAGGAUAAAUUCCACUGCAUCAUCCUCAAGGGUGGAGACCGGUAUCCAUACUUCCCGCGACCAUUGCUGAGUGAAUUCGACUUCCGCAUCCCCAUCUCCGACACGCCUGGGAAGAGCGCGCCAGAUGCGGAUGCUGCCGCUGACGAAGGAGCGAAGCACGAGGAAGCCUUUGUCCGUGGUAAUGUUAUGCUCUCGCUCUUCCAGGAUGUCUUGACGUCGACGAAUGCGACCGCCAGCCAGCGGGCCGAGCUGGCACGGAAGGAGCUUGAAUUGGACAAAAUCCUCCUGCAACUGCUGGCGGUUGAAUGUCGCGAAGGAGAAGAACGGGGAAUGAAGGCAUUGGAACUAGUCCAGCUCAUGAAGGACCGCAAUGGCAAGAUGGUCGAGGCGGCCGUCAAGGUUGCGCAACGGUACGGGCGCGGAGUGUUGGAGGACAAGAUCCGCGAUCUGGCGGAGCGACGGUAUAUGGGAGAAGGUGAUGAUGAUGAAUUAGCAUGA